UAUAUUCCCAUCUCCAUCUCCACCCUCCGAUCUUCAUCCAACGCUUCACAACUCUCCCUCUCCAUACCCCACACAAUUUUCUCCCCAUUUUCACUCUCUUUUCCCUUCCGUCUCUGUACUCUCCUCUGCAAAAAACUGAACGCCAUUUCAAAAAAUGGCGUCCCUAGCUUUAACCUCAUCGGUCUCUUGCUCGCCGGCGUUCAAUUCUCUCCCGUCGAUCAGAUCACGACCACUCUCUCACCUCAGAUCCGCUCCAAAUCGCCUCACUAAUCUCUCCUCCGCCGUCUCUUCCAGUUUCCUCCCGAAACUCACUAAACCGAACUCCACACUCUUUACCAAACAGAGACGAUCGAUUUUAACUGUGAAAUCAUCCACUUCAGCACCGGCUGCAUCUCCGACUCCUCCAGCACCUGUAUCAGUCCCAUGGCAAGGCGCGUCUAUCAAACCUCUACUAGCGUCAAUAGCGACAGGUGUCAUUCUCUGGUUUAUCCCAGUUCCGUCAGGCGUUACGAAGCCUGCCUGGCAACUACUCGCGAUUUUUCUCGCUACAGUCGUCGGCAUAAUCACACAACCGUUGCCGCUCGGCGCUGUUGCUUUACUAGGAUUAGGCGCUUCCGUACUUACUAAAACGCUAACAUUCUCCGCCGCGUUUUCCGCCUUCGGCGAUCCAAUCCCGUGGUUAAUUGCACUCGCGUUCUUUUUCGCGCGUGGAUUUAUCAAGACAGGACUAGGAAAUAGAAUCGCUUAUCAAUUUGUUAAACUGUUCGGAUCUUCAUCGUUAGGUUUAGGUUAUAGUCUUGUGUUUAGUGAAGCUUUGUUAGCACCGGCGAUUCCUUCGGUUUCAGCUCGAGCCGGAGGAAUUUUUUUACCGUUGGUCAAAUCUUUGUGUGUUGCUUGCGGUAGUAAUGUAGGUGACGGUACUGAAAAUAAGCUUGGUUCGUGGUUAAUGUUAACCUGUUUCCAAACAAGUUGUAUUUCCUCUGCUAUGUUUUUAACUGCCAUGGCUGCUAAUCCUUUGAGUGCUAAUUUGACUCUAACCACGAUUAAUCAAACUAUUGGAUGGACUGAUUGGGCUAAGGCUGCUAUUGUGCCGGGAUUAGUGUCGUUAAUUGUUGUUCCCUUAGUUUUGUAUAUUGUUUAUCCGCCUACUGUUAAGAGUAGCCCUGAUGCGCCUCGGUUGGCUAAGGAGAAGUUGGAGAAGAUGGGACCGAUGACUACGAAUGAGAUUAUUAUGGCUGGAACUCUGCUUGUCACGGUGGGGCUCUGGAUAUUUGGAGGGAUGCUUAAUGUAGAUGCUGUUACUGCUGCUAUUCUUGGAUUAUCAGUCCUCCUUAUCACUGGCGUAGUGACUUGGAAGGAGUGCUUAUCUGAAGCAGUUGCCUGGGAUACACUCACAUGGUUUGCUGCCCUCAUUGCCAUGGCUGGUUAUCUCAACAAAUAUGGUCUGAUCUCUUGGUUUAGCCAAACUGUAGUUAAGUUUGUUGGCGGACUGGGUCUUUCAUGGCAGCUAUCUUUCGGCAUUUUGGUUCUUCUCUACUUCUACUCCCACUACUUCUUUGCUAGCGGAGCAGCUCACAUAGGUGCUAUGUUUACAGCAUUUUUGUCUGUCGCCAGUGCUCUAGGUACUCCUCCAUAUUUUGGUGCCAUGGUACUGGCAUUUCUUUCAAACCUCAUGGGUGGUCUAACACACUACGGCAUUGGAUCUGCACCCGUAUUUUACGGUGCCAACUACGUACCUCUCGCCCAGUGGUGGGGUUACGGGUUCCUCAUAUCUAUUGUCAACCUUUUAAUCUGGCUUGGAGUUGGAGGAGUUUGGUGGAAGUUUAUCGGAUUAUGGUAAAGUGUGCUGAUAAUCUGAUUUUGUUACUUUCUGGUUUGCUGUCUAGUUGGAAGUUUAUUUUUGUUUCUCAUUCUUUCUCGAAGAUUUUUUUUUCUUUUGUGGAGGAUCUCGAUAGGAAUAUGAUAUAGAACUACAAUUUCGACAGAGAUUAGAUAUGUAAACUUUUUGGUAUAUGGUGUAGAAAGUGCUCACAAUUGGACGAGUGAUACCUUACAAGAUAAUUCUUUUUGAGGCAAUUCUAUUCAACUUGGGUUGCCAACUUGCCA